UUGUACUGUACAGUACAGUUUUCCAAUAAAAGCAAAAGGGGAAUUUAUUUUGCAUCACCUCCUGGUUAUUAUGCAAAUGAAUUGAGCACACAUUCACAGAGCAGGACAGAGACAGUAACAGUGUAGCAGAACAGUAGUUUUAAUAUCUUUCUGAAGUGUGUGAAGAUCUAAGAGUGUGAACUCAGGAUGAUCCUCCUCCUCAUCUUCAUCCUCUGCAUGAUCUCAGAUGGAGGAGCAUCCAAGGAAGUAACAGGAUAUUCAGGAGGAAGAGUAAUAAUCAAGUGCAAGUAUGAUACAGAAUACACACAAAACCUAAAUUAUUUCUGCAAGGAUUCAUGGUCAAACUGUUCUGUAGCGACUGAAGAUAUAAACAAGUGGGUACAUUUCUGGGGAAGAUUUUUACUGUUUGAUGACACAAAAUCAGCAGAGAUCAGGGUGAUGAUCAGAGAGCUCUCUGAAGAGGACCCUGGAAAAUACCAAUGUGGAUUUGUUAAGAGUUGGGGGACAAACAUUUGCACACCUGUGAAACUGGAUAUGCAACAGGAUGUGCAGGAAGUUCUCAGUAAGUGUGUCCAAGCAGGAGAAGAUUUGGAAUUUAGUUGUAAAUACACAAAAAAAAUCAAGAAAGUGUGCAAGUUUAUUUGCACGAUGCAACAAGAACAUUCUUGUUCUUCUAUAUUAUCUGGUCAGUUAUCUUCGCAUAAUGACACAGAAGGAUUGGCCCUCAGUGUGAGUAUUGAAAAAUUACAUGAUCAGGACUCUGGUAAAUACUGGGGUGGAGCUGAGGGUUUUUUCACCAUAAUCAUCCUGGCAGUUGAUGAAUCAUUAUCAUCACCAACAGCAGUGGAAACAUCCUCCGUCUUACCAUCAACUAACCCUGCUCCAACUUCUACUGAAGGACUUCUCACUUUGAUCGUUGUGUCUGUACUUGUGAUGCUGUUUUUGAUUGGAAUAUCAGUCCACAGUCUGAUUCUUCAAAUAGGACACAGGAUUAAAGCAGGUAAAACCUUUUCUGCCAAGACUUCUGCCAACGGCUCAGGAAACAACCAAAAGAGACCUUUGCAUGAUCCUGCUCCAAAUAUUUAUUCCAACACAAUUUUACAUAAAUCCCCCUCUGAUUCUGCUACAUGUAUUUAUUUUAUUGCUGACCCUCCCAAAAUCCCUCCUGAUCAGGACAUCUAUUACAAUGUUUAGUUACCCACAGUUCUGUUUGCUUCCUCAAACAUACUGCUCAACACUGAGGUUUGAAAUACAUACCUGUGAACUUCCAAGCCAAUGCCUCCAGUUUUAAUAAUGCUAUUCUCAACAUUGUCUCAUGUGAUUAUGUCUCAGUUACUCCUGUUGCUUAAUGUGACCAAUCGGACAUUAUUAAGGCUCAAUGCUCCGGUUGAUGUAACUCUACUGAUCUGACUCUACUGAUACCCUUUCUUAAUUUUAUUCUGCUUCUCCAACCUGUCAAAAUCUAUACAAUAUGUGUAGCAAAGAUGUGUAGUUUUAAAAUUUUAGCUAUUUCGAGAUUUUUGCAACUGUCCUGUCAGGUAGUUGGAAAACUUGGAUGCAGCUUUUGAGGGAGAGAUCAGUACAUUAUUGUGUGGUUCAGAUCUUCUUGGCUUGACCCUGUGGUUUCUGUUUUGGCUCUUCUGUUUUAUAUGUUGCAGCAUUCGUGUUUCCCUGGUUGCUUCUGCUUGGUGUAGGAUUUCACUUUUGAGCACAUUAGACUCAUCUACAUGUAACUGUCACCUAUUAAAAAACACACAAUAUUUAAGGGGCUGGUGUAAUCAGAAAUAGCAGUAAAUGUCUUGCCUAAUAAUCGCACUGUGGGGUAUUUUCCUGUGGUUAUAUUCAUUCUAUUUUGUUCUAUGUGUAAUGAUUUAUAAAGGAGAACAUUUUUUUUUACACAAGAGUUUUUUUUUAAUAUCAAGAAUUUGAAUAACCUUCAAACUGUAAGUUCUUUUUACUCUACAAUUAUUUUUUUUGUAUCUUUAUUUGUAUAAUGCUUUUAACUAGACACUGUUUUAGAACACACAAUGUUUAUUGGAAAACUUUUAGGUUCAUCUCUAUGGCAGAAUUUAUCUUACAAACUGAAUUGAGUGAUUGUUUUUUGUAUUGUAAACAAUUUGUCUUCAGUAGUGGUUAUGGAGAAAACUUCCCAGCUUGGUUAAUGUUUUCAUAAUUAAACUUAAAAAAAUUUAAAUUGGAUUGUCGUUUGUGGGUUUUUUGUCCGCCAGAUGUUGCAAUAUUGUUCCUUUGCACCUUUUCCCGGUUGGUCUCUGUCAUUUUUUUUAAUUACAUUUGCUUUGCACUACCUUUGUCAUAGAAAAUACUUAGAAUUUUUUUUAUUUCUGUGCUUUUUUAUUUAUGAAUUACUUUUCUCCAAAAAUAAAAAAG